AUGGCAUUGCUUCUCUCUUCCUUGCCUCAGCAGAGCAUCACAUCGGUACCUCGAGCACCGUCCUCGCUCACAUUGAUUGGACUAUCUGUAUUACUACUGCUCAUGACGAGAGCCACGGCGGCUACAGCGUCAAUGGGGGUCAAUUCAUUAUUGAUGGGGUUUCAGAUGAGUGCCUCUGUGGUGGUUGACAAGAUAGCAAGUGCCCAUCUGCACCAAAAGGCAUCGUCCACCAUCCUCGGAAUUGCAGCACCAGCUAUCACUAGGACGGGUGAUCCCAAAAGACCCUUUGGCGUGGACAAUAAUACUUUUCCAGAUUUUCCCUCGGCUAGACAGCGGAGCUGCGCUGAUCAAUUCAAUAUAUGCCAAUUAAUGGCAAAUACCAACAAAACCGUGGAUUUCACGCUGCCUGACUGUGAAAAUCAGCAAAAAAGGUGCUUGAAAGCAAACCAGGCCGUUGUCGCGGCCAGCUCGAGCACGAGUAGCUCAUCCUUGACUUCAACUAGUACAUCAACUUCAGAAUCAACAACUUCAGAAUCAACAACUUCAGAAUCAACAACUUCAGAAUCAACAACUUCAGAAUCAACAACUACAACAUCAACAUCGACCUCGUUUUCCACCUCUUCCACUUCUAUAUCAAUACCAACCUCGACUUCGAUUUCUACAAGUACCUCUACUACGCCUCCUUUAAUAACGUCGGAGACCUUGACGAGUCUCACUCAACCUCCCGCUCCUCAACAAACAACCAUCACGCAAGGCGAUUUUAUUUUAAUUUGUGACCUGUAA